CUCAAUUGCACACACACAGACUCAAGCACAUCAUCAUGGCUCUUCUUGUCGACAAGCAUCGCCCGCGCUCUCUAGAGACUCUGACAUAUCAUCAUGAUCUGUCUGACCGCCUGCGGUCGUUGGCGCAAAGCGGUGACUUCCCACACCUUCUGAUCUACGGCCCCUCCGGAGCAGGAAAGAAGACAAGGAUCACCGCCACUCUGCGCGCACUCUACGGUCCCGGUGUGGAAAAGAUCAAAAUCGACAGUCGAGUCUUCCAGACGACGAGCAACCGCAAGCUCGAGUUCAACAUCGUGUCAUCCAACUACCAUCUCGAGAUAACACCUAGCGAUGUGGGCAACUAUGACCGUGUGGUCGUGCAGGACCUCCUCAAAGAAGUCGCCCAGACACAGCAAGUCGACGUGGCAGCCAAGCAACGCUUCAAGGUCGUCGUCAUCAAUGAGGCCGACCAUCUCACAAGAGACGCUCAGGCUGCUCUGAGAAGAACAAUGGAAAAAUACAGUCCCAACUUGCGCUUGAUUCUUCUGGCCAACAGUACAAGCAAUAUCAUUGCGCCUAUUCGAAGCCGAACCUUGUUGGUCAGAGUCGCUGCCCCAACGGAAGAUGAGAUUUGCACAGUCCUGGCUCAGGUCGGCAAGAAGGAAGGUUACACACGUUGUGAAGGCAUAGAGAAGAGAAUUGCCAGAGACAGCUACCGCAAUCUGCGUCGUGCUCUGCUCAUGUUCGAGGCUGUCCAUGCUCAGAACGACCAAGUCACAGAGAAAACACUCAUUCCACCUCCGGAUUGGGAAGCUCUCAUUUCUCAAAUUGCAGACGACAUCCUUGCCGAACGCAGCCCCGCCCGCAUCUUGCAAGUCCGAGCUAAGCUCUACGAUCUUCUCACCCAUUGCAUUCCCGCCAGCACCAUCCUGAAGACCCUGACCUUCAAGCUGAUACCAAAGAUUGACGACGCCCUUAAAACAGACAUUGUCAAAUGGUCGGCCUUCUACGAGCAUCGUAUCCAGAUGGGCACAAAAUACAUCUUCCACUUGGAAGCCUUUGUGGCCAAGGUCAUGAGAAUCGUUGAGAGCCAUCUCAUGGGUAUGGAUUUCGAUGACUGAGGUCAUGUGCUUCCGAGCGGAAACACGAUCCCUUGUAUCCCAUUCAAGCAUUCAAAGGGCUCUUCGAGCAAUGGAUCAGCUGCAACAAUGCCCGUUUAGCGAUGCCCUUAUACUUGACUCGAUCAUUCCAAACAGGGUAUCACCCUACACGCGCCAACACGUAGCUCGGCCGGCCUUUCUGUGGAAUGCCGCCUAUGCUUUCCGAUAUCGCAACAUUAUCACGAAACAUCUCGUUUUCCACCGGCCGGAGCAUGGACGAUGGGAUACUCUGUUCCACUGACUCGCAAAAGAGACAGAGAACAUGGCUUCUAAUUAGCUUGACGUACAUACUCUUAGUAAUGACAUAAUGACAACGAUUGAGAUGUGCGCUCGAUGUCAAUGAUUCCCCGGCAAAC